CCUUCGCCUUUAUUCCCUUGCCCCUUUUCGCCCUCUCGGUUUUCUUCUCGAAAACGCUAUCAUCAACCUUUUUUUUUUUUUUUCAUCAAUCUCUCUCUGGUUCUCGAUUUAUUUGAUCUAAUUGGAAGAAAGCUUCGAUCUUUGGAAUCCAUGGCGGAGGUUUUGGGCAUGAGUGCUGUGUUCUCGCCGUGCGGGCAGCGUUCCGUGGCCCUUUCUUGCCAGAAGAGGAGCCCUUCUUUUGCUGGGUUUCCUCUCUCAUCCUUUCGGCCGAUCGGGCCUCUGAGGUAUUCUUCUCAGAAUAACGGUUUUUACGGGGGGAGAUUUGUUAUUGGGACUCGGAGAGGGAAGCUCGUCAAGGGAAAUGCUAGCUCUUCCCGUGUACAGAUGAGCCUCUGCCUUGGCAAAUCUUUGAAAUGGUGGGAGAAGGGUCUACAGCCCAACAUGAAGGAAAUUGAAUCGGCCCAGGAUCUUGUUGACUCCUUAUUGGACGGAGGAGACAAGCUUGUUGUCGUAGAUUUCUUCUCCCCUGGCUGUGGAGGUUGCAAAGCCCUCCAUCCAAAGAUUUGCCAGUUUGCGGAGAUGAACCCAGAUGUUAUCUUCCUCCAAGUAAACUAUGAGAAGCACAAGUCCAUGUGUUAUAGCUUGCAUGUCCACGUUCUCCCCUUUUUUAGGUUUUACCGGGGAGCACACGGUCGCCUUUGUAGCUUCAGCUGCACCAAUGCAACUAUUAAGAAAUUUAAAGAUGCAUUGGCCAAACACACCACAGAAAGAUGCAGCCUUGGGCCAACAAAGGGGCUGGAGGAAUCGGAGCUUGUGGCUCUGGCUGCAAACAAGGAUCUCUCCUUCAAUUACACAAGAAAACCAGUUCCUGCUCUCACACCAGAUGAGGCUGCAGAGAAAGUUCCUGUUAGCCCAAAACUUUCAGUGUCUUCAGCCUCAAGAGUCACCCAAGAUUCUGAGGACAAGGCCCUCGUCGCAGCUGGGAGAUGAGAUAAUAGUUUAUGAAAUCUUUGUCCCCUUCUCCUUUCUGUUGUAUAGCUCCCUUCAUGUUUGCUGGCUAUUUUUGUACACCCCAGAUGUCAGCGAGGGACCUCAUGGGAGGACCCUCUUCUGAGGAUAUGUUCUAUAGAUGCAGUAGUUCAAGCAUGUUUUUUUUUGUUUGCUUGUUUCAAAGCCUGCUGAGUCGUUCUGUAAUUGGAGAUGAAGAGGGAAAGUCCGUUUCCUUUCUAGAGGAAUCGAAUACUCUUUGCUUAUGUGUUUCUUUGAUAUUAAAAUGUCUCUCCUUUAUUCAGAACUCUCA